AAUCCCCCAUCGGCGUCAGGGCCGUGACGGCAAAAAAUACAGCGAGCUCUCCAAGCCCUAGCCGCCGCCCGCCCGCCUCCCCUUCCCGACCCCUCGCCGCCGGCGAGCCGGCCGCGUGGAGUCGCCCCCCCGCCGCGGUUCCCGCCGUCCGCUACGUUGUCUCGGGCCCCGGAGUGCUGGGAUCGCGCCGCGUGCUGGACUCACUGGACUGGACUGGAGACGCCGCCCUCCGCUCGACUAGCCCCCACCCCCCACCGGCGUCGUCGUCGUCGUCAAGGGCUCACCAUCGCUAGCAGGGCAACAGUGAUUAGUUCCGCGGAAAAGGACUUUUGGAUACGGUUUAGCUAAAAUGGCAAACAUGAACAUAACCACCAUCUUGGAGAAGAUGACAGGGAAAGAUAAGGACUACAGAUAUAUGGCAACUUCAGAUUUGCUUAGCGAAUUGAACAAAGAGGGCUUCAAAGCUGACCAAGACAUCGAGCCAAAGUUGACUACUACCGUUCUUCAACAACUGGAAGAUGCUUCAGGAGAUGUCUCUGGUUUAGCUGUUAAAUGCUUGGCUCCACUUGUCAAGAAGGUUGGUGAGGAUAGGGUGGUGGAGAUGACCAACAUUCUUUGUGAUAAGUUACUCAAUGGAAAGGACCAACAUCGAGACACUGCUAGUAUUGCUCUGAAGACAAUCAUUGUGGAAGUUACGACAACAUCACUUGCUGAAAAGAUUUUGGUGUCUCUUGCCCCACAGCUAAUCAAGGGCGCCACUGCUGGAAAAAGUGCGGAAGUGAAAUGCGAGUGCCUUGAUAUAUUGGGGGAUGUACUUCAUAGAUUUGGCAACUUGAUCACAAAAGAUCAUGAUAGUAUGCUCACUGCCUUGUUAUCCCAGUUGAGCUCUAACCAAGCAAGUGUUAGGAAAAAGUCUAUUUCUUGCAUUGCAUCACUUGCUGCAUGUCUGUCUGAUGAUUUAUUAGCCAAGGCAACUUUUGAGGUUGUCCAGUUGCUUAAAAAUAGAAGUGCAAAGUCUGAAAUUGCCCGAACAAAUAUCCAGAUGAUUGGCGCUCUAAGUCGCUCGGUUGGAUACCGUUUUGGGCCACACCUUGCUGAAGCUGUUCCUUUGCUCAUAAACUAUUGUACAAGUGCAUCGGAAAAUGAUGAAGAGCUCCGUGAAUACAGCUUGCAGGCCCUCGAGAGUUUUAUGCUGAGGUGUCCAAGAGAUAUAUCUCCAUAUUGUGAGGGUAUUUUAAAUCUUGCAUUGGAAUAUAUAAGCUAUGAUCCAAAUUUCACUGAUAGCAUGGAGGAGGACACUGAUGAUGAGGCUCAGGAUGAGGAAGAUGAUGAUGAGAGCGCAAAUGAAUACACAGAUGAUGAGGAUGCAAGCUGGAAAGUCCGGAGGGCUUCAGCAAAGUGCUUAUCUGCAAUUAUAGUAUCUCGUCCUGAAAUGUUGUCUAAGAUGUAUCUGGAGGCUUGUCCAAAGUUAAUCGAACGGUUUAGGGAAAGAGAGGAAAAUGUAAAGAUGGACAUCUUUAACACAUUUAUUGAGUUGUUACGCCAAACUGGUAACAUGACAAAAGGACAAGGUGACAUUGAUGAGUCUAGCCCUAGAUGGUUGCUGAAACAAGAAGUACCUAAGGUUGUCAAAUCCAUCAAUAGGCAGUUGCGUGAAAAAUCAAUCAAGACAAAGGUUGGAGCAUUCUCUGUAUUGAAGGAGCUUGUUGUUGUACUGCCAGACUGUCUUGCUGAUCAUAUUGGGUCACUUGUUCCUGGGAUUGAGAAGGCUUUGAAUGAUAAGUCAUCUACCUCCAACCUGAAGAUUGAAGCCCUUGUAUUUACAAGACUUGUUAUGGCUUCACAUUCCCCAGCUGUGUUUCAUCCAUACAUACAGGCCCUUUCUGGCCCAAUAUUGUCUGCUAUUGGAGACAGAUAUUACAAAGUCACCGCUGAGGCUUUAAGAGUCUGCGGAGAGCUAGUUCGUGUACUUCGUCCAAAUUUUGAGGCACGCACUCUAGAUUACAGGCCAUAUAUUGGUCCAAUCUAUAAGGCUAUCUUGGCCCGCUUGGCAAAUCAGGAUCAGGAUCAGGAAGUUAAAGAGUGUGCCAUAUCUUGCAUGAGCCUUGUGGUAUUCACGUUUGGUGAUGGUCUCCAAAGGGAACUGCCGGCAUGCCUUCCCAUUCUUGUUGAUAGAAUGGGUAAUGAAAUAACUAGACUUACAGCAGUUAAGGCGUUUGCAGUGAUUGCUAAAUCACCUCUUCGCAUUGAUCUUUCGUGUGUCCUAGACCAUGUCAUUUCUGAGCUCACGGCUUUCCUUCGAAAGGCAAACAGAGCUCUAAGGCAGGCUACAUUGGGAACACUAAAUUCUCUUGUUGUUGCGUAUGGUGGUCAAAUUGGAUCCUCUUAUGAAACUAUUAUUGCUGAACUUUCUACGCUCAUUAGUGACAUGGAUUUGCACAUGACUGCUCUUGCGCUGGAACUUUGUUGCACGAUCAUGGUCGAUAGAAAAUCCAUCCAAAAUGUUGGUCUUGCAGUGAGGUACAAGGUUUUGCCCCAGGCCCUUAUUUUGAUCAGGAGUGCUCUCUUGCAAGGGCAGGCACUACAGGCACUGCAGAGAUUUUUUGCUUCACUGGUCCAGUCUGCAAAUACAAGCUUUGACACUUUGUUGGAUUCUCUUAUUUCUACUGCUAAACCAUCGCAGUCAGGUGGACUUGCCAAACAAGCAUUGUCUUCCAUUGCACAGUGUGUUGCUGUGUUGUGCUUAGCAGCUGGGGAUCAGAAGUGUGCCUCAACUAUUGAAAUGCUUAAAGGCAUUUUAAAAGAUGACAGCACUACUAAUUCUGCUAAACAGCACAUGGCCUUGUUAUGUUUGGGAGAAAUUGGAAGAAGGAAGGACCUCAGCAAUCAUGCUCAAAUUGAGAAUAUUGUCAUUGAGUCAUUUCAGUCACCUUUUGAGGAGAUCAAAUCUGCAGCGUCAUAUGCUCUCGGAAACAUUGCUGUUGGAAAUUUAUCGAAGUAUUUGCCUUUUAUCUUGAAUCAGAUUGACAACCAACAGAAGAAACAGUAUCUAUUGCUUCAUUCACUGAAAGAGGUAAUUGCACGGCAGUCUGUUGACCAUACUGGCCAGAGUGAGCUCCAGGAUUCAAACAUUGAGAAGAUUUUGGCAUUGCUCUUUAAUCACUGUGAAAGUGAGGAGGAAGGAGUUCGGAAUGUAGUUGCAGAAUGCUUAGGCAAAAUUGCUCUGAUUGAACCUAGGAAAUUAAUCCCUGCUCUAAAGGAACGCACAUCUAGUCCUGCUGCAAACACAAGAGCUACAGUUGCCAUUGCUAUAAAAUAUUCAAUUGUUGAACGGCCUGGAAAAAUAGAUGAAAUUAUGUACUCCGAGAUUUCUACCUUCCUGAUGUUGAUUAAAGACAGUGACAGGCACGUGAGGCGUGCAGCUGUGCUGGCCUUGAGUACAGCUGCCCACAACAAGCCAAAUUUGAUUAAGGGUCUUCUUCCUGAAUUAUUGCCUCUUUUGUAUGACCAAACUGUUGUUAAGCAAGAAUUGAUCAGAACAGUUGACCUUGGGCCUUUCAAGCAUGUUGUGGACGAUGGUCUUGAACUCAGGAAAGCUGCCUUUGAAUGUGUGGAUACAUUGCUGGAUAGCUGUCUUGAUCAAGUGAACCCAUCAUCAUUUAUCGUUCCUUUCCUCUUAUCUGGUUUAGGUGAUCAUUAUGAUGUAAAAAUGCCUUGCCAUCUGAUUCUCUCAAAGCUAGCAGACAAGUGCCCUUCUGCUGUUCUGGCAGUUUUGGACUCAUUAGUUGACCCCAUUGAGAAAACUAUAAAUCACAAACCCAAGGGCGAUGCAGUGAAGCAAGAGGUUGAUCGCAAUGAAGACAUGAUUCGAAGUGCUCUUCGAGCAAUCGCUGCUCUAAGCCGCAUAAGUGGUAAUGAUUACAGCAUGAGGUUCAAGAAUCUGAUGAACAAGAUAAUGGCCUCACCUCCGCUUGCUGACAAGUACAACUCGGUGCGCAGCGAGUAAGAGCUGAUCUUUUUGUAUAUGGUAGAAAAUAGUUGGAGCCGACUUGGUAUAUGUGCCACUGCCUAUUCUGAGGUGAAGAUUCAACCCAGCAUUGCCCUAUAUUUUUCUGGUGGAGCUAGUCCGAAACACUGAACGAUACAGCUGAGACUAAGAGGUGGUUUGAAAAUUUGCGAACACAAAUGGCUGGUUGGAAGCUAGACUUUUUUUUUUUGUCUUGUACAAAGUAUGGCGGCAAUUCACUAGAUUCAGUAAAGUUGGAUUA